AUGUCUAACUCCAAGAAGAACCUGACUAUACCAGCAGAAGUUGCUGCUACCGCUGAUGGAGACCAUCUACGGCGGCUGGAUGCAGUGUGCCGUUUCUGUUUCACUCGUCUGGUUUUACCCAAGAGGGGAACAGUGGCCAACGCUCCAACCCAAGAAGUUUGCGAACGAGCUCUGAAAUUCUACCAAGUUGACUUCCAUGCAGAGAUAGCCAACCUCAGGCUACCCAAGGUGCUCUGUAAUGCUUGCCGUACUCGCCUGGCUAAGAUGAAGUCUGGUGAAAUAAACGUGGACGAAUGGAAUGCUCAGAAACGCCACUACUAUGAUGCUCUAUUCGUGAACCACGACCCGGUAUCAACUCGGCAAACGGCAGUAUGCUCCGAGGCCGAUCGCUGCAGAGUAUGCCUCAUUGCUACCGAGCGUGUUCCCAACUUCGUGAAGAAGGCACAAUCCAAUGCUCCAAAGCCCGGGAGGCCAUCGAAAAGAUCUCCUAUUAGAGGACUCUGCUCGCGAUGCGGGGACCCUCUAGACGAGCACGAUGACCGCCGUUGUGCAAGCUCAGCGAAGCGUCCACGCAGAGCUGGGGAGAAGUUCGCCGAGAGGGUUUGUGCUAGGGGCCACACUGAUAAGCUGGUGGCUCAGAGGCUUGAAGAGCGUUUCAAGGAAUCCAGUGCGAGUGGCUCUGAAACUCCUAUGCCCUCUGGAGCAAGCCUGGAUUCUCACCAUUACCUCGGGGUGUCGUCUUUCUCUUAUGAAGGAGAGGAUGAUGCUGUCGAGCUGAGCAGGGAAUCAGCACGGGAUCUACUGCGUCUGGGACAAUUGGGACUCGGAAUGCGUAGCGCUAGGGAGCUUUGCAAGAUCCUAAGACGAAGUGGGGUGUAUUUCCCGGAGGGCGGGUUAAAAAGAGCCUUGGAGGAAAAAUGGGAAGUCUUUGGGCCUCUAUUUCGGUCUGAAGUUCUUCCGCUACAAGUGGAUCGUCGCUCUGAGCCUACAUCUACGCCUUUCGCCUUCUGCACCGACAUUAAUGCUUUGCUCAAUAUCGUUACUGCUGACGAAGCGAAUCGUAUCACACGUUUGAAGCUCCAGUUUGAUGGGGGACAACAAUUUUUGAAGCUUUCUGUCAACAUCGUCACUAUGAAGGAGGGGUCCCUGUAUGUUCCAUGUCCUAACAGUGUGCUCAAGAACUUCGUAGUCGGGAUGGGUCAAGCAAGCGAGACGCGGCAGAAUCUCGAACAGGUGUUUGGCUACUCUUCUGUGAAGGCAUUGUUCGACCUGGAUAUACCGAAGCAGGUGGCUUGUGACCUGAAGGUGUCGGCUAUGAUGGUGGGCAUUCAAAUGGCAUCAUGCAAAUAUCCGUGCCCCUUUUGCCUAUAUCGUAAGGGAGACUCUGAGGGAUCAGCACCGGCACGAACAUGGCAGCAGCACAUCAAGGACCUCGAAAGCGAGGCCCAUAGUGUUGUGGCGCGUCCUGUGGUUCAAUGGGUGAACUCGCCACUCGAGUUCAUAUCCCUCUCACCACUGCAUCUCCUGCUUGGUAUCGUGAACAAACUGUACGAUAAGGCCCGUCCCGCGGAGACCAGUGGGGCUCCUCACUCUCUCUAUCCUCGUCACUGCAGAGCGUUGGUCAAGUACAAUAUUAGGCGGUCAGUCUACUUCGAUGGAGCCUUUGAGGGGAACGGUUGUUCUCGUUUCCUCGACGAGGUGGCGGUUGAUCAUAUCCCUUUCGAGCAGCGAGCAACUCCGUUCGUAAUGGCCCUCAAGGCCUUCAAGGUGGUGAAGGACAAAUGCCUCGGUCUUGUGAGGAAAGAAGGAUGGAGAGAAGCAAUUUCAUCAUUCCAGUCCGCAUGGCAAGCGACGGACAUGCCAUACACUCUCAAAGUACAUGUCCUAUGCAACCAUGUCGAGGAGUACUUUAAAUACUUCGAACCUGUUCCAGAUGCUGGCCUCGGAUUGUCAUCCGAACAAUCCGGCGAAUCACUCCAUGCUCGACUACAACGAGUAUGGAAUCUGAGAUUCAAAGUGAACCCGGAAAAUGAGGCCUUCUCUGAACGGCUUGUGGAUUGCAUGGUUUCCUAUAACUGGAACCUACAGUGGGACGGGGCUACGAGAGCGCUGACAGAGAAGAAAGACUCGAGCAGCUGUCAUGAAACAGCUUCUAGCAGCUCUCCUAGUAGAGGCUCCCGUUCUUCUCAGAUCACAGUCGAGUGGGACUCCGCGUCCUCCGUUGAGGACAGUGAUGAUGCUGAUUCUCAGGAAUCAUCUUCGGUUUCUCUUGAUUGA